AUGGCCCCCGGCAAUACCGACGCCCAGUCCCCGGACGUGAAGGAAGAAGAUACUCCAGUGCCAGCAGACGAAGGUCAAGAUUCAAUAUUCCUUUCGAUUCGUCGGAUUGAGGCGAUCAGAGAGCUCUCUAGGGACAUCACUCCUCUUCGGACUGACGGGAGCAAUCUGAAAGCCUGGGUGAACGAACUCGAUGAAACCUUAGCAGAUUUGGUUGACCGUGAAAAAUAUCUCCAGUCAACUCCGCCGGUCCCAUUGAAUAAGACAGAAGACAAAGUGGCGCGCAGUUUGAUCUAUCGGACCAUCCCUCGCGAAUUGCGCUACUCCUUGCGCGACGCGUCUUCGGCCCACGCUGCCUACGAUGCCAUUGCUUCCCAAUUCCUCCGAAACACGCGUACCGCCCACAUGUCAGCUCUGGUCGACCUGUUCAACUUCAGGAUGGAAGUCACCGAGGCCGGCCAGAUCAGCCUUCUCUACGACCAAAUAUACAGAGGCUUGCGUGAACUGGUGGCCAGCGGAUUCACCGUGACUGAGGACGCGCUACUGGGAGCUCUGUUUCAAAUCGCUCUCGGCCGUUCGAACCUCGAGCUCUACUCCGCCGUCAGCCAAUAUUUCGAUACCAGGAUGAGCCGCGGGAACACUUCGGUCACUUCACAAGAGGUGGCGGCCGUCGCAAGGAUGCAGAUCGAAAAUAUGGGUCCGAUCAUGUCCGCCUCUGACGAAGCGGCGUUCGUCCACCAGCCUGAUGAUGCAUCACCAGCCCCGCAAGCUUUUAACGAAGGAGUCCAGCCCCAUGCCCAACAAACUGCGGAGCCAAAUCUCACGACUCUGGCUCAACAAGCGGCCGAACUAAACGUGAAUAACGAUGCCGCCACCCGAUUUCAGGCAAGUGCGAACGCGCAACACCAAGAGCUCUAUGCAAAUCAUUCGCACCCAACACAGCACCCUUACUUGGUCCAACAGCAACACGGAUGUUUUCCCAAUGAAUCUUCAGGUCCACACAUUCAUCAGCCCGUGCCGACUCAUAUACUUUCCUCGAACUCUGGCCCACAAGUAACUGAUCCCACCUACAACGCCAAUGGCACCAACGUCUGGGCCAAUCAGUCUGGGCACCAAGUGUCGGCCCCCCAACAGCAAGCAAAUCAACCAUAUGCUCUCCAGGUACCGCCUCCGAGUGUUAAUGUCUGCCAAGCCAACGCCGCUCAGCAACCACCAUCAGAGCCCACGGUUACUCAGGCCCCAGUCACCAAGCAAGCUACCGAGCACCCUGAAAGUACACUCAGCAGAUCGACCCCGGUGAACUCGACUUCUCAUCUACUCGUUCCCAGUGCCACCGGAUCCGGUAACCACAGUGUGCCCAACGAUUCCAAUCUCUCUAAAUCUUUCCAUCCAUAUAACUCGACCUCUUCUAGCUCCCUCAACGCACCUUCGGCUGAGAGAAGGGCAAACUCCGCAGAACCCGUCUCUUCGAAGGAGGGCAAAUCUGCGGGUGGUAAAUCAACAUCUUCAAAGAAGGUUCAUUCCCAGAAUCACCCUUAG